AAUCAACAGAGAUGUCCGGAAGAGGAAAGACCACCGGUAAGACCAAGGCGAAGGCCAAGUCACGCUCCUCCAGAGCCGGCCUGCAGUUCCCUGUUGGCAGAGUUCACCGUCUGCUUCGGAAGGGGAAUUACGCUCAGCGUGUGGGCGCUGGCGCUCCGGUGUACUUAGCCGCCGUGCUGGAGUACUUGACUGCUGAGAUUCUGGAGCUGGCAGGUAACGCCGCCCGAGACAACAAGAAGACCCGCAUCAUCCCCCGCCAUCUACAGCUAGCUGUCCGCAACGACGAGGAGCUGAACAAGCUGCUGGGCGGAGUGACCAUCGCCCAGGGAGGUGUUCUUCCCAACAUCCAGGCAGUGCUGCUGCCCAAGAAGAGUUCAGGAGCGGCCGUCACCUCCACGAAAUCCACCUCGGGGAAAUCCUCCGGCAAGAAGAGCUCCCAGCAGUCUCAGGAGUACUGA